AUCUUGACACUCGAGAAUUAAGUACGAUCUUCGUCGUUGAAGCAGCUUUGGAUUGAAUUUCAAGAACGCGAAAUUUAAAAAAAAAUACAGUGCCAUCUUCUUGUUAAAAUGUCUCGCAAGAGAUGGCGCCACUUUUAUUCAAACGUUAAAUAGAAAACAAACGAGUUGUGUAAACAUUCCGCUAAGAAAAAUUUUAAAAAAUUAAUUGCUAAAAUUUGUCAUUAUGGUUCUGUAUGAACAGUUAAAACUUUUGUAUGAUCAAGGUCUCUACAGUAAUGUAACAGCUUUGGCAAGUAUGAUACUCUCAGCGAGUGAAAGUAAUCCUGAUCUUUUAACAUUUGCUACAAAAUAUCAGACUUUUGUAUAUUAUGCUGAUUCAUUGGUUAACUUAAAAGAAUAUAAAAAAGCUGAAGCCAUGUAUAGAAGAGCUUUACAGUUAAAGAAAUCAUUAGCCAAAACUAAAGGAAAGUCACAACCUUUUCCACAAGGGGAAGUAACAUCUGAAGUUGAUGUUAAGUAUAAAGCACAUUUAUGCCUUGUGAAUCUUAAGCAGUUUUCUCAAGCCAUUGGAUUACUAGAAAGUAUCUCUGCCAAACAAAGGACAGCUUCAGUAAAUAUGGCUUUAGCUAAGCUAUAUCAUCAAAAUGGUAUGGAAAGGUGUGCCAUCACUAGUUAUAAAGAAGUUUUGAAAGAAUGCCCUUUUGCUGUAGAAGCUUCCCAAGGUUUAUUGUCUUUAGGUAUCAAAUUGACUGAAGUUACUACCUUAAUGGUAAAUGGAUCUGUGAAUGUGAACAACAUAGAUUGGUAAGUUUUA